CGAACAUCGAAACCAACAAAUGCAACGACACACCUUCAACGACACACCUUCAACGACACACCCUCCUUCAGAUUCGCCCGGAGCCACGACCUUACCCGCCACAUCCAAACUCAUACCAGAGAGCGACCUCAUGUCUGUCCCCGCUGCCAUCGCCAGUUUGCUCGCCGUGAUGCGCUGCGCCGCCACGAGCGAGUCGAUGCCCAGGGCGGAAAACACUGC